AAGCUAGGUCCUGAGUGAGCUGUUUGGAGGAGACAGAUGAGAGUAAAAUGUUUUUUGUUGUUUGUUUUGUGAUUUCUGCUCCCCGUACAUUGAUAGAAAGAUGUUUACUUGAAGCGUACUUAGUGGUUAGCUCCAUUCAAUCAGGAUGUAAGAUACACUCUUGAGAAUGUUGAGAAGCCCAGCUAUCUCUUGGCUAUUGAAUACUUAACACACUGCUGUACUCAUACCUCAUUUAUUAUUGAUCUUAUUUCAACGUCCUAUAUGGGAAAAGGUGCUCCAGUGUAUUUAUUGGGUAUUCAUACAGUAUAAUACUUCCCACAGUAGUUACACUAUGUGUUAAAAUUUUUACACUUCUUUGAGCACUAGUGCAGAUUUGUCUCUAUCGAUUGGGCAAGGAUAAAGCUUGCCCUUCGUUGGUUGUCUUUCACUUUACAAAAUAAGGUAUCACAAAAUAAGUGAUUUUUUAAAUGUGCUUUAGAGAAAGAAGAUUUUGGUUUAAUGAAGUGGUCGAAUUUCAAUUGUAAUAAUGUUGCUAAUAUCGUAGUAGGUAGUUAUUUCUGUUGGAAUCCCUCUGGAUGCAUUUUAGAUAAACAGAUUGGAGCAUUUGAGCCGUUCUUUACCUCACUCUGCACGUUAAAGUGUAAAGAAAAUUCUUAAGUUGUGUAAGAGACUUGGUUGAAAAUGUUUUAAAAUGUCUAAUUUUGAAUGUAUGUUUACAAUAGGUAAAGAGAACGCUUUUCCAAAGAAAAUAACAUAGUUCAGAGGAAAAAUAACAAAAACAAAUUGCUGCAGAUUUUAUUUUACAAUAUGUAAGAAAAUCUACAAUUUCUUCAAGACAGUCAUAUUAAGGUGAUUAACAAUUUAAUGUUUUAUCUUAUUUAAUAAUUAAACAAAAUUAAGUGUUUAAAACAUUUUAAGGCAUUUGUAGUUCUAUUAGUUAUGUGAUAAAGAAAACAAUACUCUAAAGUUGAUAUAGUACACUGUUUUAAAUGUUAAAAUAAGUCCUUAUGACAUUUUGAUAUAUCUCUGUGAACAUAUGGAUAGUUUAUCAUGAACUCUCUUGCCUCUGAUGACUUCAUUUUGGAGACAGAAAACAAUGUGAUAUUUGAAAAAUACAGAAGAGUUUCUAAAAAUUUGUAAUUUUGUUCAUACAUAAAGUGAUUUUGUCCAAUCAAUUGAUACAUAGAAAUGACACCUACUACUGUAGGAUUUUUAUCUGCACCAUUCAAAUGUUAUACUCUUCUGCCUCCUACAGAACUUUAAGGCAAGGAAAAAAAUCUUAGUAAUCUCCUUACUUAAGGAUAGAUUAAGUUGCUUUACAUGGCAGCCUUCUAAAACUUUAAUGAUAAUCUCAUCUUUUGUGCAGUAUAGCCUAAUUUAUUAAACACUCCUAAAUAAAAAUGAGACAAAUGUUUUAUAAAAUUGACAGAUUACUUUGGUUGAUAUACUUAGAAUCUUAUGUUUGAAUGGGAAAUACACCUAUGUAAUUGUAAGAAAUAAUAUUUAGUGACAGCAUCCGACUUUAGGUUCCAUGCUGUCUGUGGAUCCUAAAUAUAGGAUACAUCACUUGAAGUGAAAUAGAUUGAAUCCUUGCUUUCAAAACUAACAUGAAGCUAACAUGACUUUAUUAAUCACUAAGGAAAAAAAUCAGUUGUACAAUUACAAGUAAAUGAUAUUCUGAAAGGAACAAUUUGCUAAAUGUUUAUAUGUGAUUGAUCUUAUCUCUACCAUAUUUAGGAAGCAGUCAUGUUUCCAUGAGUCCAAAACUAUGUGACAAGAGAAUGUAGUAGAGUGAGGCCAGAAGUCCUUACUGGCUCAAAGAACUCCAGGGAAACUGGGAUAGAACAUUUUACAUUAUAAGUAGAACCCCGGGAGCCAGAGGUGGAACACAAGUUUAUCUGCAGAGCUCCGCUGCAGGGCUGAUCUGGGUCUGGAAGAAAUGGAUGAGAGCCACUGGAUGAAAUUCACUAAUACUAGACACCUGAGUCCUCUAGUAAUGUAUAAAUAUCCCAACUAUUGUUUGUUGUCAUUUUGUUCUUUUUCUUCUCUUAUAACCUACAUUUUAACUGGAACGUCAGUGCUACAGUUUUGUUCUUUCGCUUGCUUCUAUCACUUCCCCUGUGGCUCCUCACCUUUACUGUGUCUUAUUAUCCAUUUGAUUUAUUUCCUUUAAUUUAGCCCUUCUUUUACUUAUGUUUUUCACAUAAAGCAUCUAAUUGAGGUUUAUGGUUUGUUUUCUUUUCUUUUGUAAUGAGAUUUGCAUACCUGGUUCUGAGGCAUACUUUCCAUUGCAUUUUUUUUUUUCUCAGAACAACUGACUUUGGCCUAAACAUAUUUAAACUAUUUUAAAACCAUUUCUUUUACAGAGACUUGUGAAUGAACUUUGCUAAGUAUGGAUUCAGGUGGUGGAAGUCUUGGAUUGCACACAUCAGACUGUAGAAUGGCCCAUACCAUGAUUAUGCAGGAUUUUGUGGCUGGAAUGGCUGGUACUGCGCAUAUCGAUGGAGACCAUAUUGUUGUUUCGGUUCCUGAGGCUGUAUUAGUUUCUGAUGUUGUCACAGAUGAUGGGAUAACUCUUGAUCAUGGCCUUGCAGCUGAAGUUGUCCAUGGGCCUGAUAUCAUCACUGAGACUGAUGUAGUAACAGAAGGGGUAAUUGUUCCUGAAGCUGUACUUGAAGCUGAUGUUGCUAUUGAAGAAGAUUUAGAGGAAGAUGAUAGUGAUCAUAUCUUGACUUCUGAGCUAAUUACAGAAACCGUUAGAGUACCUGAGCAGGUUUUUGUGACUGACCUUGUUACUGGUCCUGAUGGACACUUAGAACAUGUGGUCCAAGAUUGUGUUUCAGGAGUUGACUCUCCCACAAUGGUAUCAGAGGAGGUUCUUGUAACUAAUUCAGAUACAGAAACUGUGAUUCAAGCAGCUGGUGGUGUUCCUGGUUCUUCAGUUACUAUUAAAACCGAAGAUGAUGAUGAUGAUGAUGAUGAUGAUGUCAAGAGCACUUCUGAAGACUACUUAAUGAUAUCUUUGGAUGAUGUUGGGGAAAAAUUAGAGCAUAUGGGGAACACACCAUUAAAAAUUGGCAGUGAUGGUUCACAGGAAGACGUUAAAGAAGAUGGAUUUGGUUCAGAAGUAAUAAAAGUGUAUAUAUUUAAAGCUGAGGCUGAAGAUGAUGUUGAAAUAGGUGGAACAGAAAUUGUCACAGAGAGUGAGUACACCAAUGGACAUUCUGUAGCUGGAGUGCUUGACCAGAGUCGAAUGCAGCGGGAGAAGAUGGUUUACAUGGCAGUUAAAGAUUCUUCUCAAGAAGAAGAUGAUAUUAGUUGCGCUGAAAUAGCAGAUGAAGUUUACAUGGAAGUCAUUGUAGGGGAAGAGGAAGGAACUUCUCUCCCUGAGACUCAGCUUGAGGACUCUGAUGUUAAUAAAACAAUUGUCCCUGUUGUCUGGGCUGCGGCAUAUGUGCGUGAAAUUAUAUCUAAUCUAUGGGAGUGGAAGAACUCAACAACAAAAAAGUUUAAUCCAAGGAACAAUGGUCAAAAAGAUGAAAGAAGAGUUUCCCGGAGGUAUGAAGAUUGUCAAGCAUCAGGAAAUACUUUGGACUCAACAUUAGAAAGCAGAAGUAGUACAGCAGCACAGUACCUUCAAAUUUGUGAUAGCAUUAAUACAAAUAAAGUACUUAAACAAAAAGCCAAGAAGAGGAGAAGGGGAGAAACCAGGCAGUGGCAAACAGCUGUUAUAAUAGGCCCUGAUGGACAGCCCCUGACAGUAUACCCUUGCCAUAUUUGCACAAAAAAGUUUAAAUCCAGGGGAUUCUUGAAAAGACACAUGAAGAAUCAUCCUGAUCAUUUGAUGAGAAAAAAAUACCAGUGUACAGAUUGUGACUUCACAACUAACAAGAAAGUGAGUUUCCAUAACCACUUGGAAAGCCAUAAGCUUAUAAACAAAGUUGACAAAACCCAUGAAUUUACAGAAUACACACGAAGAUACAGAGAGGCUAGUCCACUGAGUUCAAAUAAACUUAUAUUAAGAGACAAGGAGCCGAAGAUGCACAAGUGCAAAUACUGUGACUAUGAAACUGCAGAACAAGGACUGUUAAACAGACAUUUACUGGCUGUUCAUAGCAAAAAUUUUCCUCAUGUUUGUGUUGAGUGUGGUAAGGGCUUUCGACAUCCUUCUGAACUCAAAAAACACAUGAGAACCCAUACUGGUGAGAAGCCAUAUCAGUGUCAGUAUUGUGUCUUCAGGUGUGCAGAUCAGUCAAAUCUGAAAACUCACAUUAAAUCUAAACAUGGUAACAAUUUGCCAUAUAAAUGUGAGCAUUGUCCUCAAGCAUUUGGUGAUGAGAGGGAGCUUCAACGCCAUCUGGAUUUGUUUCAAGGACAUAAGACACACCAGUGUCCUCAUUGUGACCAUAAGAGCACCAACUCAAGUGACCUUAAGCGGCACAUCAUAUCUGUCCAUACUAAGGAUUUUCCUCACAAAUGUGAGGUCUGUGAAAAAGGUUUCCAUCGUCCUUCUGAGCUCAAAAAGCAUAGUGAUAUCCAUAAGGGUAGGAAGAUUCAUCAGUGUAGGCACUGUGACUUUAAAACAUCAGAUCCAUUUAUUCUUAGUGGUCAUAUCCUUUCAGUUCAUACUAAGGAUCAGUCAUUGAAGUGUAAAAGGUGCAAGAGAGGGUUCAGGCAACAAAAUGAACUCAAAAAACAUAUGAAGACCCACACUGGAAGGAAGAUUUACCAAUGUGAGUAUUGUGAAUACAGCACUACAGAUGCAUCGGGCUUUAAACGACACGUGAUAUCAAUACAUACAAAAGACUAUCCACACAGGUGUGAAUUCUGCAAGAAGGGAUUCCGAAGACCAUCAGAAAAAAAUCAACAUAUUAUGAGGCACCACAAGGAGGCUCUUAUGUAAUAAGAUCAAUAUAAAGAAAAUAUGAUACACUACAUGGGAUGAAAAUUUCAUGAACUGUUUCAUCUAGUUCCAAAGCUUGAUAGUAAAUCAUAACUUUACAUUCUUUGUAUUAGAGAUCUUGAAAUAUUUGAAAUGACAGGGGAUCUUAUACCCCUUUGAAAAUUACUUAAAGAAUUUAAGAAGCACCAUAGAAUGGUUGCAGAAAAACUCUUAAGUGUCUAUUUAAUAGUAUUAUAUGCAUAAACGACAGAAGGGAAGAGCAAAGACAAUGACUUUAUUGGCUGAUCAUACUAGAGAUCAAUAUUUCUGAAAAGAUCAUACAUAAUUGAGUUUAACAAUGCUUUUCUAUGGCAAGCAAGCCUCACUUUUAUGUGGUUUUAGAAAUGAAGUGGGGAAAUAAAAUUUAGUCAUGCAUCAGUCACUUAGUCAUUGGGCCUUUUUUAUGGUACCUGAAAAUUGAAUUCCAGAAAUGGCAAAAGUUUUAUGUAUCCAUUAAAAGAAAUUCCACUGGAAAACAGCUUAUAUUAAUUCAGUACUAUUAAAAAGAAUUUCAGAGCUGCUAAGAUUUUACCACAGGAUAGGAUGUUUAAAAUAUAGCAUUCUUUCCUGAAGUCUAAAGUGAAGUUUAGGAUUACAGUUCUCUUUUUUCUGAUGUUCAGGUUGAUUUUUCAGUAUGGCAUAUAUGACAAAAGUAUGUUUGAGUCAAAUGUGGCUUUCUAAAACAAAUGCAACAGUAGUGUUGCAAAUAAAGUUAGCACUAUAUUUCUUAAUGAUCUAAAGUUUAAACUGGGAGAACAGUUUUCUUAAAUACUAUGUUUAGAAGUUUCUUUUUAGGGCAGUCUUAGCAAGUAUGAUUGUUCUAUUUGUACUUGCUCUAAUGUUUAAAGGUGCAAUUUUAUGCCAUUAUUGGAAAUUUUGAUUUUUUAAAAUCUAUAUACCAUAUUGUUAACAUGAAUUUUCAAUAUGAUGCAGUAUAUAUGCAGUAUUUAACAAAACACUAUGCUGCCAGUAGAGUUUGGAGGUGGAUAUUCAGUUUACAGUGUAUAAAUUUAAAAUAUGCAUCCCUUUAACAAUGCUUUGUGUUAGCAUGCUGCAAAUCAAAAUGGCGCUUAAUAUAACAAGCUGGUUUAGGGAAAUUUAAUGAAAAUCCUGUUCAUAAAUGUAAUGCAUAUGAUGUGUACUUUUAAGUUAUAGUUGCUUCAUGUUUACACUCAGCUGUUCAACAUAACUAAAAUGUAAUUUUACUUUAUGCGAUAUUGUGACUUUGUGUUUUAAAUAAUGUUCACCUUUCUGUUUUUGCACCAGAUAAGGAUCUGUUCCUUGAGAAUAAAUUUUUUAUCUUUCUUAACUUCAGAAUAUUAAAUUUGGAAAAUCUAAAAUAGUGUGUUAUGUGGCUGUAAAUGAUGUACACGCUGUAAAAUAAGAUUGUCAUUGUUAUGUGGGAUUAUUAUUUCUAAAUGUUACUCAUUAAAAUGAGCAUACAAUAAAAAGCAUUUAUUGCA